GUCUCCGCCCUCUUUUUUUAACCGGCCUCGGGCUCGCGGCCGCUUCGAUUUGUAACGGCUGCCGCUCCAAAAUGGCGGCCCUCCCGUAUCCGCAGGCGGUGAUGGGCUCCGUCUUCCCGCAGCGGGGCCAGGUGGCGGGGGAAGAGCGGGAGCUGCCGGCCCUGGAGCCUCAAGAGAUCGAGCGGCGGCUGCAGAGGACCCGCAGGGAGCUGAGCAACAGGCGGAAAAUCCUCCUGAAGAACCUGCGGACGGACAGCGGCAGCCAGGAAGUACAUGAAUUGCUGAAAGAUUAUGAAUUGAAGUACUGCUAUGUGGAUAGGAACAAAGGAACCGCUUUUAUCACUUUGCUGAAUGGAGAACAAGCACAGGAUGCCAUUCACAAAUUUCAUAAGUCCACUUUCCAGGGAAGAGAGAUAUCUGUUCAGCUACAACCUACUGAUACCUUGCUUUGCAUUACUCAGCUACCGUUGUCCUACACUCAACAACAGUUUGAAGAACUGGUCCGCCUUUAUGGGAACUUGGAGAGGUGUUUCCUUGUUUAUAAUGAGACUACUGGUCAUUCAAAGGGUUAUGGUUUUGUGGAAUACAUGAAGAAGGACUCUGCUGCUCGAGCUAAAUCUGAACUUAUGGGUAAACAGCUGGGGCCUUUCAUACUGUAUGUGCAGUGGACAGAUGUUGAUCAUCUCUCAGCUGAUUUCCUUCAUUCAAAGUGCCUUUGCAUUGAUAAAAUUCCCCAUGAUUAUAAAGAUGCAGAGGAACUGACGCAACUCUUCUCUCAGAAGUUUAAGCCACUUUUCUGUCAGCUUGCCCAGGCCUCAGGUAGCCAUCCUUCUUUUGCAGUGGUGGAGUAUGAGACUGCAGAUCAAACUGAAUUAGUACAGCGAUCAACUGAUGGAAUAUUUAUUGGGGGUAGCCAAGCCCGCGUUUCGUUUUGUGCACCAGGGCCUCCGGGCCGCAGUACACUGGCAGCACUUAUUGCUGCUCAGAGGUUGUUGCUAAACAGCAGGAAGGGCCUUCUUCCUGAACCCAACCCGUUGCAGAUUAUAAACAGCCUGGGUAACCCUGCUGCCUUGCCAUUGCUACUGAGGCCUUACUUCCAUGGGCAUGCUAGCAAAAAAAAUGUUUUAGGAAAUACUAGCAACCUGCCUGUUUUGCCGAACCCUGUACUGACUGCAGCCUUGCUUCAGAUAAAUCAAACACAGAACGCUGUGUUGGGAAAUGGACUGUUUCAGAAUCUACUACGAAUGCAGGUAGCACAACAACAGCUGCUCCUGAACAAGGAGAAUCCAGCAAUGAACAACAAGACCAGUUUACUUGGCGACCCAUCUGUUUUACUGCAAGCGGCUUUGGGCCUAGGACCAACUACAAUGUUGAACCCUGGGAAAGGAAUUUUGGCUGAUUCACCAAAGGGUAUUCCAGUUCCUGCAUUGCCUGUUGAAUUUGCUAAAGCAGCUGCUCAGCCACCAGUGGGGAUUUUGCCAUUUCACUCCAAUCAGAAAUUUCUGGGACAAGAUACAACUGAGCAACUGUUGGAGAAGCCAAGUGUAGUCAUUGGGCCACCUCCAGUUUCUGCUUCUGUCACACAGGCACAUCUUCAAGGAAUCCCUAAUUCUGUUCUGGGAAGCUUGAUGACCAGUUACCAAAAACAGCAAACCCAGCCAAAAGCAUCGAUGAGUGGUGCUGCUUGGAGUACUACAACAAGCAACCAGACAUCAUUGCUGGGAAUCCCACCACCUGAUCUAAAAAUGCCGAACAAUCCUUAUCUUAACUUUUGCAAUAUACUGCCAAACUUGAAUUUGCAUGUUGGAAAUGCCAGUAAGCACACUCCUGGGCAACAGCACAUUGGAGUCUUGGAAUCCAUGUUGAAUCCAGCAAUCUCACGGGCAGUCACAACACCUGAACUGCUGCAGUCAUCAGCCUCGCAGUACACAUUUGGCUGCUAUCCUGAGUAUACAUCCAGCUGUGGGGAGUAUUCACAGGAUACCAUGCAACAGUGGUACCAGAACUAUGCUCCAUCACAUAACUCUGAACCGUUUGUAGUAGGGUGUGAGAAAGAGCAGAGUGAGGUACCAGCGCCAGCUUUUGUUCAGACAUCUGUAGCUCCUGUUGAAAUGUUCUAUAAUCAGCACACAUCUGUAAAUACCAGUGUGGACUACAGUAUGGCUGUGCAGGUGGUGCCUUCUUAUUACGCUGCAAGUCAAACCUACUUCCCGGGAAGCAUGCAAAGUGGCCAAACCAACAAGGGACCUCCUUGUGCUACAGCCCAGCAGUCACUUGCUCCAGGGGCUGGAAUCUUAGGUCCAGCCCCAGUGGGAAACCCCAUGACUAAUUUCAAGUCUCCAGUGACUGGCCAGAAACGUGCAUCUUCCUACCUCCUGCCUUCCCCUGAAGUGAGUCCAGAUGGCGGCUAUGUUGGACAGCACUCACAGGGCCUCGGUGGCCAUUAUGCUGAUUCAUAUUACAAGAAAAAGAGGAUAUUUUGACUUUUUUGCUGUGUUAUUUUUGCUGCUGUUUCUUUUUGCCUAUUGCUGGAUAGUUCUUCUAAAUGUGAAACUGCCUGUGUCAAUACAUUUUGUUUAGAAAAAAUUAUUUUUAAAAAAACAUAAGUUUUAAUGGUCUCCUUAAAUUUUUAUGUUGAACAGAACUUUUUUAAUCUCGACUCCCC